AUGUCAGCCAUAGUGAAUACGCUGCCUCCCGAAAUUGUCCAGUUAAUUUUCGGUCUACUGGACCUAGAGCAGCUCGUACGCUGUCUCCGUGUCUGUAAAGAAUGGCACCGGAUCCUGAUCAGCCUUCCUCACCUGUGGCGCCAUGUCCAGCUAUCUUCACGAUUUCAGGGCGCUCCUGAACGGUACGCUCAAGCAUUGACCAACCUCAUUCAUUUGGCCGGUGACCAUCUGCAAUGGUUGAAAUUAGACAUUGAACUGUCCGAGGUGCUGGGUAUUCAAGCUUUGCAACUUAUAGCGGCCAACGGGUGCAAGCACUUGGAAGGACUUGAGUUAAAUAACACAUCGGGUCCAGAGGAGCGGUUGCUAUUGUUACGGGCUCUUCGUAACAUUGGUCCCAUGACAGCAAUGUCAUAUUUACAGCUCUACUGCCUCGAGAUAAAUAUGGACGACGUCGUACACCUUUUUGAUCUUUUCCCCAACCUGACAUAUCUCGAUCUAUCCGACUCGGUACUCUAUGACAGUGGCGACUAUACCAGCAGCAUACCAUCAGGACCUGCCCAUCGCCACCACCGUUACCAUCACUACAAUCAACGCUACCACCGCACCACACGCUUAAAAAGUCUCACGCUCAAUCAUAUCGAGGGCGCCUCAUCAGCUGUCUUUGGCUGUCUACUCCAAUCUUGUCCACAGCUCGAGCAAUUUCAUUGUCGCGGCGCGUUACUUUCCUAUGAGAUUAUACAGCAUCUCAACCGAUAUAAUCGAUCAUUACGAGUAUUGGCGUAUGGCCUUUGCGCAGGACACCACGCAGAUCAGCAUGAUUUUGUAAUACCGCCACCGCCAGUGAUGCUCGAGAUAGGCCUCGAAUCGGUGUUGCUAGAGCAAGUCAAUGAUCAAGAUCUCGCUGCCAUUGUAUCAUACAGUGCCUACCACUAUACAUUAUCCAAGCUGGACAUUCGUUCAUGCUUUAUACCCGACGACACCAUGGCACAAUUAUUAUUAAACAGCAGCAGCAGCAACGGAGGAUGGUCUAGUUUAAGGCAGCUCGACCUCAGCUCUGUUACCGGACUCAGUUUACCAGGAUUGUUUACGUUUCUGGACGCAUGUCCAAACCUCGAAAAGCUCAGUUUUAAAGAUAUCCCAUGGUGGCGAGUAACAAAUGCAACGCUGGACCGUUGGACACAUUACAAGAACUUGGUGGAUAUACGCUAUUUUGGCCAACCCGAGAGCAUAUCACAAGCAGCUAUACAGCAACUUAUCGCAGCUAAAUACGCCGUUUUACAGCAGCAACGGCCUGGUGCUUUACAUUUUGAGUUUAACAGACAUACCCGGAUCCAUAUCCAAUUUCCAACACAAUAUUCAGUCGAUGAUCUAAUACUGCUUUCUAGACUUCUUGAUGAAUAA